AUGGGCGAUAACGGCAACCCGAACAUGGCUGCUCAGUUGCAGCAGCUUCAGCAGCAGAUCGAGCAGAUGCGGAAGGCUCAACAAGAUCGAGAACCGCAACCUCGUCCUGCUAUUGGAGACAAGGACAAUCCGCACACCUUCUAUCAAAACCGGUCUGCGAUUGUCCCUCCAAACGUGCAGAGGCAAGACUUCGAGAUCAAGCCCGGCAUGAUCGCUCUAGUCAAGGAUCACAUCUUCCAUGGACUUCCUGCUGAGAUUCCUGCGGACCAUAUCCAGAACUUUGAGGAGAUAUGCAGCACGACUGGUUCGAAUGGAGUACCGGCUGACUUUCUGAAGUGCAAGCUAUUCCCAUUCUCACUUGCCAACAAAGCAUCUCGCUGGCUGAAGUCAUUACCACCUGGGUCUUUGACUUCAUGGGACCAAGUUAGAGCAGCUUUCCUGGACCACUUCUACACGAAGUCCAAGAAUGCAGCUCUAAGGACGAAGAUCGCAUCUUUCCAGCAGUAUGAUGGAGAAGCUUUCUGCGAAGCAUGGGAGAGAUACAAGGAGUGCCGAAGAGAGUGCCCUCAUCACGGAUACUCUGACGAGCAGAUCCUGAGCAUCUUCUAUGAUGGAGUCAACUGGGACUACAGGAACGCUUUGAACGCAGCCAGCAAUGGCGAUUUCAUGACGAAGUCCAAGGAAGGUGCAUUCGAGCUGAUCGAGAAUCUUGCAGCGAGCUCGAGCAACAAGAACGCUGAGUACGACAGAACAGUGAGCACUGUAUCUGUCAAAGGAAGCAGUGCUGAUGCGAAGAAGAUUGAGGAGCUCACAGCUAAGGUGAAUCUAUUGAUGAAGGCGCAGCAGAAGUCUGUUCAUUUUGUUGACGAGAACGAUGAUGCACCUAUCUCUCAAGAGUUUGGAGGAGAAGAGGAUGACGAUGAUCAGAUGGAGGUCAACUAUGUGAAUGGGCAACCUUUUGUGCCUAACCGUGGUUUCAACUCGAACUACAGAAACCAUCCGAACAUGUCCUACAGGAGCACCAACGUCGAGAACCCUCAGGAUCAGAAUCGUUCUCAAGGUGGUAACCAACAGAAGGCGCAGUUCAGCAAUCAGCAACAACCUUCAGGUUCAUCGAACAACUCGAACGAUGAGCUUAAGGGUAUGAUGCAGCAGAUGUUGAUGAACCAGCAGAAGUCCACUGCGGAGACACACUUGAAGAUAGACACCAUGUACAACGAUCUGAAUGGGAAGUACGAAGCUGUGUGGACUCACGUGAAGAAGCUGGAUGUCCAAGUAGCUCAAACCGCUGAAGCUGUGAAGAGACCUCAGGAACCCUUCCUGGGAAAGGAGAGCAAACCCCAGGAACGAGGCAGGCAAGGAGAAAGCCGACGAGAACUGGAAGAUGAAGCCGAAGUCGAUCGAGCUGCAUCCAGCGGACUCGAUCGAGCUGGUGAAGACGCUUCGUCGUCUCAGGAACCCGUAGCUGAUUUACCUACUCCUGCAGCUGCAGAGACUGCUCCAGCCCGAGCUUACGCACCUAAGGUGCCUUACCCUGUUCCACGGAAGAAGUCCAGAAAAGACUUGGAGGAUGCUAAGUGUAAGGAGAUGCUGAAGGACUUGACUGUGAAGCUGCCUCUGUCUGAUGCUGUUCAGAUGAUUCCUGCUCUGAAGAAGUACAUGAAGGAGCUGAUAUCUGGGAAGGUAGCUGAGGAUGAGAACGUCAUGCUAGUGUCGAGGAGUGCAGCGCUGUGCUGCAGAACAAGGUGA